AUGUCCCUAGUUCCUUUUGAGCCAAACAAACAAGAUGUGGUUAAUGAGUUUAAGGAUGAUUCGUAUUUCCCUGUACCAAAGGAAACUGAUACAAUGCAAGAAAUUGCAAUUGAUAUUAAUUGCCAGAAUCAUAGGGAAAUACUAGAUGAUUUUGAGCCUUUUAGUAGUGAUGGAUAUCAGAAUAUGGGUGAGUUUGAAAGAGAGGUUGAAGUUGAAGAAGAGCAGGAUGAAGAAGAUGGACAAGGGCAUGUAGAGGAUUCAAAAGAUGAUUCAGAAGAGCAUACAGAAGAAGAGGAUGAUUUUAACUACAAUAUUGACCCAGAAGCUAUUUUAAAUGACUGGGAGAUUGAUGUGAGAGAGUUUAACAGUAGUGUGGAUGAUGUUGAAUGGUUUGGACAAGGACCAAACAUUGAAUUAGAUUCAAAACAAGAUGAUGAUUUAGGUGUGAUCAAUAAUGAUGAGUUUGAAAGUGCAGGAUACGAGGAAGACCUACGGAAGAGAAUGUUAAAAAACCAGAACAAGAAGGUGCCUUGUUCUUCUGGGGUAGUUCAUGUUACACCAUUUUUAGUUGGGUCAAGAUCUACGAAAGUGGAACAAUGGUUGGUGAAGACAGUUAUUGAUGAGCAUUUAUGCUUACAAAGUAGAAAUGUGAAGGCAUGUACAACUCGAUACCUGGCAAGCACUAUUCUCCAAAAAGUGGAUUCUGACCCUCACACCCCAGUAACAGCCUUACAGGAGGAGCUUCAAAUGGAUUUGGAAUUAAUCAUAUCAAGAACGAAGGUGUUCAGGGCUAAAUCAAUUGCAAAGGAACAACUGUAUGGUGACUACGAAAGGCAAUAUAAUUUGCUGAUAGAUUACUGUUUGGAGUUACAAACCAAUAACCAAGGUAUAACAGUGAAGUUGGAAGUGUGUAAUGAACCAAAUCCUGAUGUUGAAACUCGUAUUUUCAAGAGGAUAUACAUUUGUCUUGGAGCACUUAAGUUGGGGUUCAAAUCUGGAAAAAGGGAAUUACGGGGAUUGGAUGGAUUUUUCUUGUAA